AACCCUCAAAGUGUUCAUAUACUUUAUUGGCGACGAGCGGAGCAAAUAACGGCAGAGUGAAAAAAUUGAAAGUGUGGCCGACCGCGUGUGCAUGAGAAAAAAAGUGAAUUUCCACGAAAAAAGGCAAGAAAAUGCCAAGAAUGGAAGCGGAACAAGCUGGAGAAGCUUCAGGAAGUGGCACGGGAUCAGCCAGGACCCUCACAGAGGGAGUGCAAGGACAUAGUAGCUCAUUUGGCUCAAUUGAACCAUACAUUCACGACGAGGGAGACGAUUUUGAGGAAUAUCUCGAAAGGAUGGAGAGUUUCUUGGACACGAAUAGAAUCACGGACAGCGUAAGGAAGAGAGAUGUGUUCAUCACUUUCGCCGGAAAGGAGAUUUACAAGGCUCUGAAAGCCGCAAUUCAGCCAAGGAAGGUGAGGGAACUCACAUAUAAGGAAAUGACUCAGGUGUUAACCAACAAAUAUGCGAGAAAGAAGAGUCGAAUUGGGCAGAGAUUCAAGUUCCACAAUAGAGUCCAAGCAGAAGGAGAAUCCAUCGAAGAUUUCGCUCAAGAUUUGCAGUUUUUGGCACAGUCUUGUGAGUACGGAAAUGCUCUUGAUGAAUCGCUGCGGGAUAGAUUUGUCUGUGGUCUCAGAAAUACACGGAUUCAGACCAAACUGAUCGAUGACGAUCAAGCCACUUUCGACCAGGUGUUAAGGACGGCACUGAACAUGGAACUCACAGAGGAGAGUGUGAAAAUGAUACAUCCGUUAAAAACGGAAAACAUCGCGAAAAUUGCCCAUGUGAAGCAGAAAGCGCCAUCCAAGCAGAGAAAAGGAGGAACACCAUACAUCAAGUGCUACAAUUGCAACAAGUGGGGAUCCCACGUGGCAGCAGAAUGCAAAGUGAAGAAGAAAUCAUCAAGGAAGGAAUUUUCGAGAAGGGAAUCGUCAAAGAAGGAAGCCAAGAAGAAGCACGAAGUGAAAAAUCUACAGUACAUCGCCAGCGACAGCUCCGACAGCUCAGAAGGAUACCGCAUAGAUAGAGCUGUCCACUCAUUGCGAUUAGGAUCAAUUCUUAAGGAAGGAAAAUUGCGCAACCAUACACCAAAUGAGGUGGAGCGAGAGGGCUCGGUAAGUGAUCCAGUUUAUAUUGAGGUAAGUAUGGGUAAGUAUAAAAUCAAAAUGGAAAUUGAUUGCGGUGCUCAUACAUCAGUAAUGCAUGUAGAUGAUUAUAAAAAAUAUUUCAGCGAGUUCCCAUUGCGAAAGUGUGCGUUAACUUUAUCAGUAGUUACGGGAGAUGAUAUUGCUAUUGUUGGGCAAAUUAAAGGGGAAAUAAAAAUUAAAUUUGGCUCAGGGAGAAAGCAAAAAUUCGAAAAAAUGAGAAUUGUGAUAAUCAGUUGUGCGCAUCGUUUUAUACCACUCUGUGGGCGCGAUUGGAUUAGUAGAAUUUACCCACAGUGGAGAAAUACAUUCAAGUGCAAUGCGAUUAAAGAGAAAGAGAAUAAGAGUACAAUCAUUGUCCGACUACGACGACGAAGUGCUCACCCAGUAGUUUUCUACUAAGCUACACACCCAGAUCAUCGGUUACGAUUGUUGAUGACGACACUAGCACGAACACGGACGAAUCUCAGAAGGUAUCUGGCAAGGAGCCAGUAAAGAGGAAGGACAAGUCAGAAUCCUCCAAGGAGGAAGGAUCAAAGCUUGUAAAAGGGGGAGAAGCAGUACGCAUGAAGCGUAAAGAAAAGGAAACACUUGAAGUGGGACAAAAGGUUUAUUAUUGUUCACCGUUUGGAUGGAGAAUAGGCACAAUUGCCAAGCGUUUGUCUAAAGUGGUUUAUAUAAUCACUAUAAAUGGAAAUCGAAUUAAGGUACACCGCGACCAACUGAAGAAGUACACUCCGAACAUAAAGUCUGGCGAAUCUUCACCAAAUCCUGUAGAAAGAUCAUCGACUACAAGUUCGACACCCUGUUCAACAGGAACCUCAUCACGAAGUCCGAGGAACUCAACAGACGAUGAUGUCUUCUAUAGUCCAGCGGCAUUGUCACACCCAACACCGAGAUUGAUAGAGACACCACGCCGAAGCGGCAGGUUAUUGUCAAGACCGCGAAUCAAUUAUAAAGUGUAAAUUAACUUUUUAAAAAAUGUAAUAAUUUUUGAAUAAGCGAGGGGAAGUGAUGUGUCCCAAACCAAUCAAUAUAUAAAGCAUGUAAACGUGUUAAAUAAACCAGUCUAUUCU